UGUUAAGAGAAAAUGGCGGCGGUCAAGGUAGAGCCAGUAGUAGUACCCCUGAAGCUGUUGGUAGAUGAGAAGAAGAAUCGAGUAUUGGCUGCGGAAGCAAACAAAGACUUCGUGGAUAUACUCACCAGCACCUCUGCAGAGCCCAAAGCACGAGUACGUAUAGGGUGCAUGAAUAAGUUAUACGAAGGUGUUCAAAAGCUAAGCAGUGAGUACUGGGAGAAUUGAAUGAACACUGUAAAAACAUGCUUCUCAAUCCCAGGAAUUCCAGUGCGAAAUACUGCAAGGAGUUGAAGAUUAAUGUUGAUGAUUCUGGGUCUGAAGUCACCUACCGCUGUUCCGGCGCGCGCUGUCCAUAUUCUAGCAUGUACAAAAAUGUGAGAUGCAAAUGCGGCAAGGGGAUAACCGCCGUAGAACGGCAGUCAUCUUGUUCCACCAAUGCCUCAAGUGAUGAGGGCGCCUUUUUGAAGGGAGGAAUAAUGUUCAUAAUCAGUGAUGAUUUGCAUAUCUGGCCUUCCUCUCCCACGGUUCUUGCUCAGCUUAUACCGGACCUUGGUUCCAGAGAUGGGACUAGAAUCCGGGAGAUGCAAGUUCAAGUUUCUAAGGCUGAGGUGAGAUGAUGGGAGGAAUAAAUCCGAUUUAAACUACUCCGUACUAGUAUCAAAUUAGAAAAACGUCAAAAUAAAAAUGAAAAGAAGCUUAAUACGUA